AUGCAUAUUGGACUGAAAUGGAUUGCAGUACCUGAUUUUAUGGAAUCUUACUAUAGUUGGUUUGAGAUUGAUAUCCUUCGUGGUUCGUCCACCAAAAUUGUAAUUGAGAAGAUGAAGCGUGCAAGUGCUUAAUGACAAUGGUCCACAAUCUUUAAGCAGGGAAUUUAAACGUUUUGCUAAUGAAUGGCUCUUUGAGCACGUAGCAGGCAGUCUGUAUCAUCCAAUAGCCUGGCCGAGAAUACUGCCAAACCUGCUUUGCAAGGGUACCAAAAACGGUUCUGGUCCCUCAAUUGGCCUCCUUAAUCUACGCAAUGUUCCUAAAGAUCAAACACUAGGUUCUCCUGCCCGGCGACUUACGUCCAGUCGUUCCAGUUUCACUAUUCCUGUGGCAAAUCAUCUCCUCACUCUUAAGGCAGCCAGUACUUAAAAUGCCUCUUCAGCUUAUGAUAAUCAGCAUGUCAAGCAUCUUGCUCUCUUUAUUCACAACAGCUUGUGAGACUUCAAACUAAGAAAGGUUAUGAGAAAAAUGGCGUUGUUAAGAAACCAGCUGCAAAGCAAGGAUCCUACGUCGUGCAAACUGGAGUAAAGGAGUACCGCAGAAACCGGAAACAUAUUUUAGCUGUUCCAGAACCUGCUCCAGCUCAGUCUCCUGCUGCUGCUUCUUCACCGACUCUCUUAGCUACAGCUCUUCAACAGCCUCCAACCCUGUCAAAUGCUCCUCACCAGGGUCCUUCCAUGUUAAAUGAGGAUAUAUUCCCUGAGUUUGCAAUUUCCGCCAAGACACCAUCAGAGCCUGGAGUCUAUCAGACGUCACCGACAAGGAAGUUUAUCAGACCCAAAGCUUCACUACAGUCUUCUCUUGAAAGAGGUACGCCGGAGGUCUCUGGUUCAAAUGGUCUUGCAUACUCUAAUGCCAAAAGAUCGCAAGUUGUCACAAGAUCUGAAAGAAUCUCACGACCUUAUCUGAAAUCCAAGGAGUUUGUGACUUAA